UAUCCCUCCCCCACCAAAAGAUCCUGCAUCCCUGCUCUUCAAAGCUCAAAUCACCAAUUCUCUAGUUCGAAACCCUGUCCCUAGCUUUCGUCUUUCGAGAUGGCGAGAACCAAGCAGACGGCUCGGAAGUCGACCGGCGGCAAGGCCCCCCGUAAGCAGCUGGCGACGAAGGCGGCCCGGAAGUCGGCCCCGGCCACCGGCGGCGUGAAGAAGCCCCACCGUUUCCGCCCUGGGACGGUGGCGCUGCGGGAGAUUCGCAAGUACCAGAAGAGCACGGAGCUCCUCAUCCGCAAGCUCCCCUUCCAGCGCCUCGUCCGUGAGAUAGCCCAGGACUUCAAGACCGACCUCCGCUUCCAGAGCUCCGCCGUCGCCGCCCUCCAGGAGGCCGCCGAGGCAUAUCUCGUCGGUCUCUUCGAGGAUACCAACCUCUGCGCCAUCCACGCCAAGCGCGUUACUAUCAUGCCCAAGGACAUCCAGCUCGCCCGCCGCAUCCGUGGAGAGAGGGCUUGAUCUUGUUCCCUGUCUACUGUUCUCGUGUACUCUUGUGUUUUUAUUCCCCUUUGCUUGGGAUGCCAAGUGGCGGCAAUCUGUUUGUAGAACUGUGGAAAGGAAGUGGUUGUAUGUUCUGGUGAAAUCGUAAAGCAAUGGAUCUUUUCUUUCUAACCUUA